AUGUUCUCCUUAACGCGCUUGUUUAAUUGUCAAGCUAAAGUCCGAACGCUGCUGAAGAUUCUCUACACGAAUUGCACGAGGGAAAAACAAUCAUACACGGAUAAAAAGGCCACAAUGCAUGCGGAAGUCAACCCUUAUGAUGUUAUCAUAGUUGGUGGUGGCGUUUUUGGUUUAUCCACCGCAGCACAGUGCAUCCGCAGGAAAAAGGCCGUUUUGGUCAUUGAUAAGUACAACAUACCGUCUCCGUUGUCAGCUGCAAACGAUUAUAACAAGAUAAUUCGGCUAGAAUACGACGAUAGGUUCUAUACAUCUUUGGCAAUUGAAGCCUGUGACUACUGGAACGGAAACGGGGAUGAGUUGCUACCCAAGGGUUUAUUGCAUGACGUUUACUCUCACUGUGGAAGAAUUAGCAUUGUCCCGCCCAAGGAGUCAUUGCGUUACGCCUUCGAGAAAAACAGUCUGAAAAUUUUGCAAGACGAGUUCAAGAGAUGUCUUGACGUUGAAGAAUUCCAAGGCGAUCUGACAUGCGGGAAUAAGUUCCCGCAAUUACACAACGCGUCUGUCUCCCCUGAUCAAAUAAGAUUCAACGCUGACUGCGGAAUUGGGUAUGCAGCCAAAUCCCUAACCAAGAUGAAAGAAUACUGUGUUUCUCAGGGAGUUCAAUUCCUCGAGCAAAAUGGGGUUUCCAGGAUUAUACCUGGUCAAUUGGUAACGGUAGAGACCGCGAGCGGUCAAAGCUACAAAGCAAACAAGGUGCUAAUCUCCUGUGGCGCAAACUCGUCCGCAUUGUUGCCCUUGCAAGGCGUGAUAAAAGCUACAGGGCUCUACGUUGGCCACAUCAACUUGACUCUCGAGGAAUGUAAACGAUACGCAAAUAUUCCUGUUGUCUUCAAUCCUGCCGUGGGAUACUUUUUCCCUCCAGAUAUGGACACGAGGACCCUAAAAAUCUGCGUUAGCGCCGCAUCCACGUACGACCGUGAGUCCUCCGGCGUAAAGCCUCGGUAUCGUAUUGAGGAGCCAACAAUCGUCCAAGCACAUUAUGACUCGAUUACCGCAAAAAUUCAACGCAUUCUAAAAGACUACCUACCAGACCUGCUUUACAGCCAAAGUCGUUUAAGAGACAUUGUCGAUCUCAAGAUAUGUUGGAUAUCCGAUUCGGCCAACUCGGACUUUGUGAUUGACCGUGUCCCAGGACAAGAAAAUGUCUAUGUGAGCUGUGGAGAUUCUGGCCAUGCCUUCAAGUUCUUGCCCAACAUCGGGCGUUAUAUAUGGCAGAGGAUGGAGGGUAAUUUGACAAAAGAGCAUCAACAGAGAUGGCAAUGGCGAGAAAGUGUAUGGACCAAAGACUCUCUCUCUUGGCGUAUGGAGCAUCAACGUGACAGCUUGGACAAACUUACUUAA